AUGCCUGGUUCCCCAAAACAGCCGUCAAGUUUCGAAUUCCCACAUCCGCACUUUGCCCUUCUCUACGUUGACCACCAUGGCAAAGUGCAGAUGGAAGCCUCUCCUUCAAUAGCAGGCUGCGGCGGCGCCAUCUUCACACCAGAUGUCACGGGCAGAUUUGUAGAAAUGACAACGCCAAUGGAUCAAUCCAAACCGCAAUUCAGCACGGAACCAAUUACCCCCGUCACGCAAUCACCAUGGGGCGUACCACCCGUUCCUGCUGGAUGGCAACAGUCCGGCCCACCACCCACUGAACUGAUUCCCUGCGAAUGGCAAUCCGCCCAGCACCGACGAAAGCGACGAGACGUCAAACGAUCGGGAAUAGCGAAACCGAGACUAAAGUCUCAGUCGCCGCCGCCAACACCACCGGGUCGAACCAUCCUUCGAAUUGGCCAUCGCGACCUGAUGCGCCGGUAUUAUGAGAAAGCAUUUGAGGAUUUCCAGCAGCUCAACUGCCGAGCAAUCGCCAAAUCGUACAUCAAGCUGGUCGAGCCCCGCAAACAGGUGCAUUUCCCGUACAAUGGACGCCGGGUUAUCUCGGGCGCUACACAGCGCGUUGACCCCGAGCUCACCAAGCCGGGCUGGUGGCCUGCUGGGGUUCCGCACCGCGAACCAGAUCAUCUGCUCAAGCGAGACCGCCUCCGGCUUCUAGUCCAUAUUCUUUGUGAGCUCAAGGACCGCUACGGGAUUACGGCGGAGAAGCUGCGCGAAGCCGGGCAAGACGUGCGACGCCAGAUCACGCCGGCCAAUCGACUAGAGGUACUGGACGAGAUUUACUUCGUCCGGCGGAUGGAAGAGCAAUAUUUAGACGGAGAGAUUGAAGGUGAUACCCUGGUCCAAGUAGCCCAGACCCAUCUGCCCGAGGCCGCCCACCAAGACAUACAGGACCUACCAUCGCGUGCAGUGGUGGCAAAGGUCGAGGAAGAUGCGCAUGGCUAUCACCACCGUCAGAGCAGUGUGGUGGAGGGAGGCAGCAGCCCGUUGCAAAGGAAAACUGGUCAGAGGGUUCUUCCUCUCUCGCCAGCCACUAGUCCGUCCAGUCCGCAUAGUCCGCCGGCAGGCAGCUAUGGGGCCUAUCCGGUGACCAUGCCACAACAGUCUCCCCGGUGCAUGCCGCACGCCAACCCGGGCUAUAUGACGGGGUACUAUGGACCAUUCGUAGGCAUCGAGAAGGACCCAGCACCGGAGCUGUGGCAGCCCCCCGGGCAUGCUGCGCACUAUGGAUAUUGA